UCCGAAUCCAAUGUUGGAACGAAACGGCCUUUCAAUGCUACAUCGAGAUCGGUCCAAUCAAUUCGAUAUGCAUCCCGAAAAACGUGCAAGCAACAUGGGUUUAAGAAAGAAACACAAACGAUCAUGUCAACCUGUCAGCUCUAACUCGGCCAGAUGUAUCUUGAGAAUCGUAUCGAUACAUUUCUGCAAGCAGGAUUCUACCGAAUUUUACACUGGGUCGUUGAAUGAAGAGUGGCUCCUACAGCAGAGGAGGCCGAAUGAAAUAUCAAAUCCUGGUCAAUACUAGUUGGAAGAAGCUGCAGCAAAUCAUCCCUUUUGACUUCCAGCCUCGAAGGGAUGUCCAAAGCCAACCUUUACUUAAAGGCUGAAACGUCAUAUUUGGUUGUAAGUGUUACAUCGAAGGCACGGGAAGUGCACGCGAGAAUGGCUCGGCAGGAAUGUACUUUCUGGAGGUAGCAUUCCGUUAGCUUUGCGCGUAGCGGCAGAAAGAUUCAUAUCUCUGGUCGUAUUAAGAUACCAUACAAGAGAAUACCACUCGAUGAGAAGUCAAAGGCAAAUCAAUGUAGGUACAGAAAUACACGAUAGCUCUUUGGAACUCAAUGCGUUUUCCCAUCAUAGUUGAGAGAAAAUUGCAUCUGCUCAAGGAUAAAUGCAUUUGUGGACGCGGUAGACGUUAAGGAACUUGGCAACGAGGUCUCAUAUUCCAAGCCGCUACAUUCUUCAUAUUCGUUGAUAUGUACAACAAAAUUUACAAGUAUAAGUCAUUCUCAUACUCUCAUUCCUUUCUUUUGUCCACGCGUUAUUCCUCUCUCUUUCCCCAACGAACGGCAUUAUAUUCAAUAUGAGGACUGCAAGCUUGUUGGUGUCUCUGGCCUUUACCAGAGGUAUUUUGGGUGCUAUCUGCACCCAAAAUCAAUGUGCAAAUGCCAUUACAUCCAUUGGUGAGAUCAACGUCGGUCUUCAAAGUCGUUCGUUAGAUUGCGCCAAGUUCAUAGCGACUACUGUCACUCCCAAUGCUUCAAUUGCUUUGAUAACUACGAGUGCAAAUAUGGAAGAUUAUCCCUAUGUUCCUUCUCAAACAACAGCUGAUCAUGGUACAAUUCCUACUUACGCAUCAUAUUGUACCGACGCAGCUGCAUAUUCCUCCGCCUGUGAUUGUGCGGGUGUUACACCUUCAGUAGUUGUCGCUCCAACUCCAACUACCUAUCUCUACGAUAAAUUACCACUUUGCGCCAAUCCAGCUACAUGUGCACAAGGAUACAGUAACGCUGCUUGUGGAGGUGGUGCUGGUAUUUGUAUUCCUGGGGGAGGAAAUGAUGGUUCUGGUUUCUGUGUCGCUGCAGGAACUUGCGGAAUCACCUGUGAAAAUAAUUCGGAUUGUACCACUGGUAUCUGUCUUAGGGAUGUUUGUUGUGGUUCUACUUGUUAUAAUCCUUCAGUUCAACUCGUUUCGACAUGGCCUCCUACUCCCAAUAAACUUGCCAAGAAAGACUUUAGAAAUUUUAAAGAUCUUUUCAACAAGUUCAAUGGUGCAAAAUCGAAAUUGUUGGGCUCUUCGAAGAACAAAAUCUUGGGUACUCACUUACCUGAAAAUCCUCAGCCUACAAAUUUCUUCAAAGGUGGAUUUUGA